UGCUGUCAUUAUGAAAGCAAUCAUUAAGUGUUUUCAGCUCCGAAUCACUGUUAUUAUUAGCUCCCAAUAAUUGCAUGACGAUUAUCCAAGGAGGAUCUGAUAACAAUUCAGACCAACUUUUCUCAUCAAAUGAGCCUAAAAGCUGAUCACAACCAGAAUAAAAACUCAUUGAUAAUCGGGAGUUCAGUUCAGUUCAGUUCAGUAUUGCUAGAUAACAACAGAUCACUUGCAACUUCUAACAGAGAUCUUAGUGAUAAAAGGUGAAAUUUUAUUGAAUUUUUCAAGAUUGUGAACCAACCACAGUAUGAGACUUGACUAAAAUCAAGUUUUUUAGGUGUUCCAGCUAUUUCAAAAACGUGAUUUCAAAAGAAUCAAGUUUUUUUAGGUGUUCCAGCGAUACCGCAGACUGAUGGAGUCAUCAAACUGAUGUGAUAAGAAAGGAAGCACUGAAAAUCAGAACACUUGAAAAGUCGGGAAAUCUCAAAAAUUAUUUGUUCAUUUCAUUACUUUUAUACAUAGUUUUUGAAGGUUUAUCACAUUCAAACAUUCAUCUUUUCAUAAUUGUUACCACGUUGAUCAUGCAAAACAUCGAGGUUAUAGAACGAUUGUAUCAUAAGUGUGAUGGAAUGCAGACAUCUAUUUUGGGAAAUAUUCACCUGACUGUUCACAGAAUAAUUAUAGGUCUAUAAGUAUUCCGCCAAAUCGUUUGUUGUGAGCAGAGACAUCAAUGUGAAAGCAAUUGAUUGCACAGAGCGAUAUUCUGGUAACAGUCAGUUCAGUCUGCAAAAACAUUUUAUUAUUGAAUUUCAGUAUCAAACGCAUACACAUCAUUUGUGAGAUUUAACAUUGUUUCUUCCGUGAUUGAAAAUGGAGAGAACCGUUUUCAUGAGGAAAUACAUAGACUUGGUCCGCUAUGAUCGGCCAUACAACUCCCUACCAUGUAUAUUGAUAACUAUUAUUGGUAUUAUAGGAGCUUUGAACAGCCUUAUGGUUAUUCUCACAGAACAGGAGAGCUUUGAGAAACGUGUUCUAGGAGUAAAAGAAUUUCUUACUAUAACGCUUAUUAUCUCCAACAGUUUAGAACUUGCCUUGAAACCACACAAAAACACCAGAUUGAUGGAGUUGAUAGAGGACGAAUUCCUCGUGAAUCGUAUUGAAUUCUUUCGCAGAGAUGAGAAAUGGAAACAAUUUGAAACCUACUACAACGAGACGAAAAUCCAGAUGGAAAAGACGUCUAAAAAUAUUUUUGCUGUUUUUGUUGUAGCUUAUUUAGGAUUUAUCAACAAGAGUUUGUUCAACGAGUUAUUAAGGUACUCAAUCGGUCUCGAGAGGAAUUCAAUAGAUCUACCUGCUCCCUAUGCUUAUUGGAGUCCUACUCAUGUCAACCAAUUCGAAUUUUUUGUUUACAUCUACAUUUUUCAAAGUCUAAUGAUUUUCAUUUAUACAAUUGAAACCUACUGCAUACAAAUUUCAGUAAGUCUCGCCACCGAAAGACUCCUUGCCGAUUUUGGUACCAUCUUUAUUCUGAUCGAACAUCUUUCAAAAGAUUUUCCAGAAUUCGAGAUCACAGAUCGGAUAAGACAUGAAACACAUCAGCAAGAUAAUGAAAAUUAUAAUGUCAGAGCUCAACAUGAGAACUUGAAGAGAGAUAUGUCCCGCAUUGUAAGAUGUCAUCAAAGAUUGAUCAGGAACUUCAAGGACUGCGAAACAAAUGCAGGAUAUGCCAUCAUUGUCAUCAGCUUAGUGAUUUUCACUAACAGCUGUGUGGAUUUCUUCAUCAUUCUGAAGGGAGAUAAUCUAAUGACAAAGAUAAAUUAUGGUGUAUCAUGCAUCCUUAUCAACUUAGUUAUACUCUAUCCUUACAAUACAGGCCAGCGAAUCGCCAAUCAGAAUGAAAUUUUACGACAAUCGUUGACUAAUCUUCCGUGGAUCGACAAGCCCAGAUGGUUCAAGAAGACAUUGCAAAUUAUGAUGAUACGUGUCAACGUAGAUAUUGUCAUGAAUCCUUAUGGACUACAUUAUCUGAAUUACAUGUCAUUCAAAAAUAUAAUAAAAACUUCUUACACAUUUGGAAACUUCCUUUUCCAAACAGCACUCAACUGAAUGAAAAGAUGAUUGAUCACUUAAAUUAUUCGAGACCUUUGGAAGUUCAUGAGAAUCGAACAAUAAUGGUGGUAGAUUGUUUAUGAAUUAUAAUAUAGUCCCUUGUAUAAUAAAUCAAUUAUAUUUGAAAA